CCGCCGCCGCCGCCACCGCGGUCGCUGCCGAAGCUGAGCUCGGAUCCGCGAGCGCCACCAAGGCAGCAGCCGCCGCAGCCGCCGCCGCUGUGCUGAGGAGCCGGAGACGCGGGCGGACGAGGUGGCGGCGGCGGCGGAGCGGGAGCGGGGAGCGGACGCGGGCGGAGCGCGGCGGCGCGGGUGCUUUCCAGAGAGCAAUUUUCAAACAUCUUUGCUUAUAUUUGACAUUGAGCAGUCAGGGGAUUCAGGCAUAUGAGGAGGUACUGUUACACAAAACAGUGUCUAGUGAAGACGACAAGAAAGAGAGAAAAGGAUCGUAAAAAGAAGCUAAAAUACCAUAGGAAACCAUGAGAUCUAUUAGAUCUUUUGCCAAUGAUGAUCGCCAUGUUAUGGUGAAACAUUCAACAAUCUAUCCUUCUCCAGAGGAACUUGAAGCUGUGCAAAAUAUGGUGUCUACCGUUGAAUGUGCUCUUAAACAUGUCUCAGAUUGGCUGGACGAAACAAACAAAGGCACAAAACCUGAGGGGGAGACAGAAGUAAAGAAAGAUGACGCUGUGGAAAACUAUUCCAAGGAUCAAGGUGGCCGGACAUUGUGUGGUGUAAUGAGGAUUGGCUUGGUUGCAAAAGGCUUGCUGAUUAAAGAUGAUAUGGACCUGGAGCUAGUCUUAAUGUGUAAAGACAAACCCACAGAAACUCUGCUAAAUACAGUGAAAGAUAACCUUCCUAUUCAGAUUCAGAAACUAACAGAAGAGAAAUACCAAGUGGAACAAUGUAUAAAUGAAGCAUCCAUUAUAAUUCGGAACACGAAAGAGCCAACACUGACUUUGAAGGUGAUACUUACUUCCCCUCUAAUUAGGGACGAAUUGGAGAAGAAGGAUGGAGAAAAUGUUAUGAUGAAAGACCCUCCGGACUUAUUGGACAGGCAGAAAUGCCUGAAUGCCUUGGCUUCUCUUCGACAUGCCAAAUGGUUUCAGGCAAGGGCAAAUGGAUUAAAAUCAUGUGUAAUUGUCCUCCGCAUUCUGCGUGAUUUGUGCAACAGAGUACCCACAUGGGCACCAUUGAAAGGAUGGCCACUAGAGCUUAUAUGUGAAAAGUCUAUAGGUACUUGUAAUAGACCUUUGGGCGCUGGGGAGGCCUUGAGACGAGUAAUGGAGUGUUUGGCAUCUGGAAUACUACUUCCUGGUGGUCCUGGUCUUCAUGAUCCUUGUGAGCGAGACCCAACAGAUGCUCUAAGCUACAUGACCACUCAGCAAAAAGAAGAUAUCACCCAUAGUGCACAGCAUGCACUUAGACUAUCAGCCUUUGGCCAGAUUUAUAAAGUACUGGAAAUGGACCCUCUUCCAUCUAGUAAGCCUUUUCAGAAGUAUUCCUGGUCAGUUACUGAUAAAGAAGGUGCCGGGUCUUCAGCUCUAAAGAGGCCAUUUGAAGAUGGAUUAGGGGAUGAUAAAGAUCCCAACAAGAAGAUGAAACGAAACUUAAGGAAAAUUCUGGAUAGUAAAGCAAUAGACCUUAUGAAUGCACUAAUGAGAUUAAAUCAGAUCAGACCUGGGCUUCAGUAUAAGCUUUUGUCACAGUCUGGCCCGGUCCAUGCCCCAGUCUUCACAAUGUCGGUAGAUGUGGACGGCACAACAUACGAAGCCUCAGGACCAUCCAAGAAAACAGCAAAGCUUCAUGUGGCAGUGAAGGUUUUACAGGCAAUGGGAUACCCAACAGGUUUUGAUGCAGAUAUUGAAUGUAUGAGUUCCGAUGAAAAAUCAGAUAAUGAAAGCAAAAAUGAUACAGUAUCUUCAAACUCAAGCAAUAAUACUGGAAAUUGUACAACUGAGACCUCCAGUACCUUAGAGGUAAGAACUCAGGGUCCUAUCCUCACAGCAAGUGGCAAAAAUCCUGUGAUGGAGCUCAAUGAAAAAAGAAGAGGUCUCAAGUAUGAACUCAUCUCAGAAACUGGUGGAAGCCAUGACAAGCGCUUUGUAAUGGAGGUAGAAGUAGAUGGACAGAAAUUCAGAGGUGCAGGUCCAAACAAGAAAGUGGCCAAGGCAAGUGCAGCGCUAGCUGCCCUGGAAAAGCUGUUUUCUGGACCCAAUGCAGCAAAUAAUAAGAAAAAGAAGAUCAUUCCUCAGGCAAAGGGUGUUGUGAAUACGGCAGUAUCUGCAGCAGUCCAGGCAGUUCGAGGCAGAGGAAGAGGAACUCUGACAAGGGGAGCGUUCGUGGGAGCUACAGCAGCUCCUGGAUAUAUAGCUCCAGGUUAUGGAACUCCAUAUGGUUACAGCACAGCUGCCCCUGCAUAUGGUUAAUACUUUUAAGCAGUUUUCAGCACGUUUAUCUCACUUUAUUCUCGUUCUCCUCGGACCUCCGUAGCCAUAUCACUUGUAUAAAAUAGGCUGAGAUAUAGUGACUGUAAGCUGUGAUCUCAGUAUUCAAAGGUAAGCUCUUUUAUUUUCUGAUUAAAGAAAACAGUAACCAAUUAACACAACCUGCAUAUAUGACAAUCAUAUGAUGUAUUUGAUCUCUUAGGUCUUAUGUCACUUGCAUUAACUUUAAAUUUUUAUGGUCUAAAUGUAAAAUAGUAAUUUCCAGCAUUUUUUUUUUGUAUUGUAAAUGCUUUAUAUUCAAGAGAAACAUUUCACAUUCACUGAAUCAAGUGCAUGUGGAUAGAAAUGUAGGAUAUAAUGUAUAUGUAAUUUAUACAUACAGAAGCACCUGUUUGAAUUCAGUUGUAGGAGCACUAUCUAAGGAGAGUUAAAACGACAGGGCACUCUCUUUCUUGUUCAUGGAGCUAUGAUAUCAGAAGCAGUAAUGCUGGUGACAUGCUGUAGAAUUCAAGUGCAUUUGCUGCACAGGUUGAGGGGUAUAAGUGCCAAUCUCUCAAGAAGAUAACCUUCUCUGACCUGUGUUGCAUGCUCCAAUACAGCAACAGCUAGAAGCCAUUAAAAAAAAAAAAAAAAAAAGCAAUAGAGAAUCAAAGACAAAACUAUAAACUGUGGGAAAUAUAUGUAAUUGACUGAGUUAAACUAAUUAUUUAAAGAAUCACUUUGAGUGAGACUAAGAAAAGCAAAUACUGAGUCUGCAGAAACCAAAUCUGCUUAAGGAAUCUGUCUGUCUUUUUUAAGUUGAGUAGCUAGAAUAUUAUUUCUUAUAUUCAGUCAUGAACAGAGUUCAUUAAAAGGUUGUAAGGAUUUGGCCAAACCUUACCCCACAAAUAAACCUCAUUAUGUUUGUUAGUUGUUAUAUGCUAAAGCUGUGUGUGUGCGUGCAUGCAUAAAUGAAUUUUAUGUUUUACAUUUCUUUCUAUAGCAGUUUCUGUUCAUCGCUAGCAUUAAGGCUGCUGGAACUUUGUUCCCACACAGAACCUGCAGUUCAUGAGGUCGGCUUCUGUUAAAGGCUGUACAAAGCAGAGCAGAGAAGAGCAGUGCACUGCAGUCCUGUGCCUGCUGAUGCCAGGUCCUUUUCUGGGACUGGGGAUCAGAACAGAGGCUCUGACCAGUGGAAGCAUCUUAAGACUGAAUGUUUCCUUGCUGAUGGAAUUGGCCUUGUUGUAAAUAAAUACCCUACUUUGGGAGAUAGUAUAUUAACAGUGGCAAAAGUUAUUAAUUCACUUAGUAGAUUAAUUAUAAAAUACUGACUAUUUGUAGGCUUUUCAAUACCACAGAAAUUGGUGUUACUUGAGGAUUUCCUCAGGUAGCAUAUUUCCCUGGUAUUCUUGCUCUGGUUAUGCCUGAACUUUGCUUUGGUUAUGCCACUCAUGUUCUGCCCAAGUGUGUGGUCAGAAAAUGAGAAGCUCAGCACCACUGCAGCCCUGCUUUUGGCAGCUCUUUAUAUAGUCCUGCAAAGAACUCAAUGGGAAAUGUAAACCCUUACUACAUUCUUUCAGUGGCAGGUGAGUGUUACCAUUAUAAGAAACCAUUUGCUGUAAUUGUCCGGUUUUUAUUUUUCACUAAUGAUAGGAGUGGAGGAGACGAGUCAGUAAUACGUUAGGAAAAUGAGCUAGAGAUGUUUUUCUUCCCAAACUGUUUGGAACCUGUAACCAGGGACAUUGUAAGGGUGACAUGUGAAAGCAGCCCACUCUGAAUGGUCUGCCUUUCAUUUCCACUCUUUUAAUGCCUCCUCAAGUCACCCAGAGACAGACAGAUGCUAUUGCAUUUAGCUUUAUUCUCUGCAACAUCUAGUGUCAUAUAGCUAGGGAUCAUGAUUUCUUAGUGUGACUAGGAGGCUUGGGGAGGGAGAUGGGUGGUUUGUCAAUGACAACAGCAGACUCAAGUACCUAGUAUCUUGAUGAAUUUCAACACUGGUGUGUGUUUCUGUACCACCUAACUUACAGAGCACAGUACAGCCGAUUUAAGAUGAGUUCCCCUUUUCGUAAUAGUAUUUGGCAGAAGACUAUUUUAAGUAAAGAAUUCAUGUUGGAUUAAUUAUAUAAAUAAGUAUCCUUUUCCACAUACUAUUAUUUCAAUUGGGGAUCUUAUAGCUUCCAUUAAUGUUUGAAGCAUUGAUAUUUGGAAGUUUUUAAAAAUAGAACCAUAAUGUAAAUUUGGGUUAUAUAAGAUUUACAGCAUAGUUAGAGAUAUAGAAUAGAAACCAUAUGAGAAUCUGGGCCAAAGCAUUUCUCUCACUCCAGCCCAUUUCUGUGGAACUUGGAUAUCUCAUGACUUUAUAUAUUCAAAGCUUUUAAUGGUACCUGGCACACAGCAAGUAUUCUGAAUGCUGACUCUGCUGUUCUGGUUAAGGUGAUAGGAUGGAUAUGAGGGAGGUGAGUCUAUGCUGAUUUAAGCAGCAGGUGUAUGGCCUGCUCAGGGUAGAGUUGGGCGUACUCCUUUGUGCUCAUAGGCUUGGGCAGCUUCCAGGCUGAGGCCAGACUUGGCAGAACAGGUUUGCUCAUAUUUCUGCUGCAGCAGUUAAAUCAGCCAACUUGCAGCCCAGGGUUUUAUAAAUACUUGUUUAGGAUUUAUGGGUGCUUAGAAUUUUACAAGGGCUGAACUUCGACCAUCUACCUGCCAAUUCCAGUUUCCUACCCACACUGUAGUAAUUACAAAACCCACAAUGGCCAGAAUCUAGUUUUCAACACUUUUGUGUUUGUUGGUAAAGAACAAAUUAUUAUAGGAAGCAUACUAACAAUUUCUGUUGACUCAUUUUCUGUGAAGAGUUCUUGUUUCAUGCUUGGACAUUCAGUGGAACACAUCGGCACUCAUCAGCAUAUGAUGCCUUCCUUUUAUCUGAUACACUUAGGGCAUUAUUAGUCUAUUCUUCUGUAUCUGUUUAUCUACCUAUUUGGAUACAAUUGGGAAGUUUCUAUUUAAUACAAGGACACGUGUCUUGUUGGUAAAUUGCUGCUGCUGAACUGAAUAAAGGGCUUUUAUCUACUAUGGAA